ACAGCAGCCAGUCGGGCGUUGGGGGCGGACGUUGAGCGGCAGCACGUUCCCUGGCGUCUCCGACGGGCUUUUACUGCGCUUGGGGCGGCGCCGGAGCUCAGUGUGUUUGGAGCCGGAGGACGGGCGGGCCGGGCCCGCGAGCAUGGGGGUGAGGUAGAGCCGGCCCGACUGCGGAGGAGAGGCGAGCGCGGCUGUCUGGCGGGGCUGGGCCUGCGCGGCGGCGGCGGCGAGGAGGAGAAGGGCCGCGGAGCCGAGCGGAGGAUGGAGGACAAGAAGGAGGAGGGCGAGGCGGAGAUCCAGGAGCACGGGCCCGAGCACUGGUUCAGCAAGUGGGAGCGGCAGUGCCUGGCUGAGGCCGAGCAGGAGGAGGCGCUGGCCCCGGAGCUGCAGGACGAGGCGGCGGCGCAGCCGGAGCACAAGCAGCAGAAGCUCUGGCACCUCUUUCAGAACUCGGCCACCGCCGUGGCGCAGCUCUACAAGGACCGGGUGUGCCAGCAGCCGGGGCUCUCCCUCUGGGUCCCUUUCCAGAACGCCGCCACUGCGGUCACCAACCUCUACAAAGAAAGUGUGGAUGCCCAUCAGCGAAGCUUUGAUGUAGGAAUUCAAAUUGGCUAUCAGCGUCGGAAUAAGGAUGUGUUAGCCUGGGUUAAAAAACGCAGAAGAACUAUUCGUAGAGAAGACUUAAUCAGCUUCCUAUGUGGAAAAGUUCCUCCACCAAGGAAUUCUAGAGCUCCCCCAAGACUGACUGUAGUAUCCCCUAACCGAGCUACUUCAACAGAAACUAGCUCAUCUGUAGAGACUGAUUUGCAACCCUUCCGUGAAGCCAUAGCUCUGCAUGGUCUUAGUGGUGCAAUGGCUAGUAUAAGUGUUCGCUCAAGUACCCCAGGCUCGCCCACUCACGUGAGCAGUGGCUCCAAUGCUAGUCGAAGGAGAAAUGGACUUCAUGAUGUUGAUUUGAACACUUUCAUAUCAGAAGAAAUGGCACUCCACUUGGACAAUGGUGGAACUAGAAAGCGUACCUCAGCCCAGUGUGGCGAUGUCAUUACAGACUCACCAACUCAUAAACGCAACAGAAUGAUCUAAACUGCAAAAAUUUCAAACCCACCAUGCUGCUUGAAAGCCACUUGAUCCUCAGAGUACUAUUGAAAAGGAAACAUGAGGCCAUCUUUCCAUAUUCACUGUUUAAGACAAAUGAAUUCAAUAAUUGCCAUAAAGGAAAUUUUAGAUAUUACAUUAGAUGCCUCUUGUAACUGCGGCUUUCUUAAACUAUAUUCUUAGCAGAGGACAUCAGAUAUUGUGUAGUAGUUAGCAAGAUCAUCAUAGGCAAACAUGUAUCCGUUCCAAGGCUAAAAGUGACCUUACUUGUAUUCUUAAAGGGAAAGGAAAUUUCAGAUGUUUAUUUGGUUAUAGAAUGCUUUUUUUUUGUCCUUUAUUUCCUGCUGUGUUGAGUAUUUGCUUAAACAGUAUUGCCAGUUUGACUGAAAUUGUCUACAACAUGACUUGGCAUCUUUGUCAAAACUGCAGGCUUCCAUUUUUGCAGCACUGUACCAUGCACCUAGUUUCUAUAUAGUAACAGUGUGCAAGUUAUAAAUAUUGGACUGUACCCUUUUUAGUUUUAAAAAGCAGUUGAUAAUUCUGGUGAUUGUGUGAUAAUGUAAAGAGGUGCUAUGAUGGUCAUGCAAUUAAUACUUAAUAUUGAAUCAAUACAAGGAUCUUUAUUGGAUUCACUUUGUGUGUUUUAGUGCUCUGAAGUAGCAAUAUUAAACUUUUCCCCGAUUAACUUCAUAGGCUUUUAAAUCAGUUUGAGAAAAUAUAUGUACUUAUUGGUAUUAUCCUCGUGGUAAUCAUACACAGUGCAGACUGCACCAGUGCUGACCUAAAUUUAGAGAAAGAUGUCCUGUAAUUGGAAAAUAGGCUUUUCUGUUCAGUAUUAGUGAAGGGUAGGUUUUGUGUACACCCAUAUCCCAUUUUGCAUUUCUUGUGAAGUAAUUGCCCAUUGCUGGGGAGGGGUGGGAGGAGAGGGAAUGAGGGGGAAUAGUUGGAAAAGGGGUGUGUUCUAACAAGUAAGACUUCUGGUCACAUGUGGAAGCUUGGACUAACUUAAACAAGAUUCUGUGUGAUGCUCCCUCCUUCGGAGGGGGUGACAUGCGGGUUCUAUGAAGUGCUAAGAAAAUAAUUUAAAACUGGAAGUUGAUGAUAAAGCUCUGGAUAAACAUGCCGUAAGGAUGAAUGAAAAAGGAUAAAUGGCUUUCUUUUUGUGUUGAGCUUAUAUUCAUAGGAUUGAACUCUGGCUGCCAUAACUUAAAAAUAAUCUAAACCUAAAGUAGAGAUCAAGACUGAUCUGCUGCAAAUCCGUUUCUGAAUGGGGAAGGAUAAGUGUCAGUCUCAAAAGAGUGUCCUAACUAUUUUUACAUGUAGAUGCAGCAAGUCUGGUGGAGAGCGCUGGCUUUAAGGGCCUCUAACUCUCUGCCAGGGAAAGGGGUAGUACAGGAGGAAUAAGAAAAUGAAGAGCUCCAAACCUGCAAGUUGGUAGGAGGUAUUUAGUGAGGUGGUACGUAUGCAUGCUUUAACUGGAAGCAUAGGCUGAUCCUUGGAUGAAAUGCAGCUAUGCUAGAUUCACAAUACUAAAAGAAUUGUGAUGGUCUAGCUAAGUUAAGGCACCUUGAGCUCCAUGUUAAUACACAGCUCUUCAAGACUUUUGCUUACGUGCUUGUAGAGUCAGAUCUUUUUUGUAUUAUCUUCCCUGUUUGAAACAGACUUCGCUGUAGUUACCCUGGUGUCCUCUCAUUGGUGUUCUGUAGUCAAGGAAAGACAGCAGUGAUGUGUCAAAUUCUCAGAAUUCAAGGUGCUCUACUAAGAGCAUAAUUUCCUUGCUUUGUGGUGCUUCCAUCAGAUUUCUUUACAUCUAAGAGCUCUUGAAGAUGUCAACAGUUGCACAGUACUGUAGCUAGAGGUUCUGUAGUUCAUGGGACAAUUGUAAGAACUGUCCAAAGCAAGAUGGUAAGAACUGUUCAAAACCCCCACCUGUGUUACAUAGCUGAACUUGCACAUCACCUGAAGACUCAGUAUACGUUAAUUUCAGUUACUGCUAUUAACUACGAUUCAUAAGACUUAUUUUAUGUAAAAUAUUAAUACUGCAUAAAGCUAGUUUUCAUUUGGAGACUGCAUUUUCAACAAAGAUUUUGAAGAUGGUAUCUAAAUAUAUGUUAGUAUUUAUUAGGCUGUUGGGAAUGAGAUUUUUCUGUUCCAGAAGAAAAAUCUGGAGUCCUGAACAGAAAGGACGUGUGUGAGAACCAUUCUUCAGCUCUUCUGUUUAUUCAUUAACUGGCUUGUACAACUAAGAUGCUUAUGCUCUGCGACUUCUAACACACUUUACUAUUACAUGUGGUAAUGGUAAUAACAUACUGGGAUCGGUUCUGCAUAUAUGGACUGAACUGUAACAGUGCUUCUGGUCUAGCCCAAAUAUACAGAGCCUGUUCAAAUUUCUUCCUUUCCUUGCAGUGAAAUAAAUCCUGUUAAUGCUUUAAAGCAUUAAUUCAGUCUACUACCAUCUAAAACUAAAUUUGUCUGGCUUUUUAUUUAAUUUGUGCCAUUUUUCUUUGAAAGAAAGCAGGCUUAGGUAUUAAACUGGUUGCAUUAAUGUUUUUUUGCUUGUACUUUAAAUAUUUGGCAACUUUUUGAUUGUUUUUCGUUUAGCCCCGACUGUUUGCUCUUUGUUAACCUCUGCCAGAAUGAUCAAAAAUGCAUGUAUUCACCUGGUAAACACAAGGAGAACAGGUUGUCUCUUAAGAAAAAAAAAUAAAAAAAGUUCAGUACCUGUUGCUUUGAAGACUAUUUCUUGUGCCAGUGUAGAAAAUUGAUGUUCUGGAAAUAGCUUUCAGCUAUUAUCCGAACUGUAGCUCCUGGAGCCAGAAGUGAGUUGAUUUUUUUUUUUUCCUCUAAGAAACACUGAAUUGAGAACUGUUUAGUUUGGUAAAAAUGGUGCUUACUUUUGCUUUCUCCUAUGAAUCGUAUAGUUGACCGGUCUCUUCUCCAUGUACAUCAAAUCUAACAUGAAUGUGCGGCAAGUUACAUAAAGUACAUCCUGCACUGAAGCUACUGAGCUUGGCUUGCUUAUUAAUGAAGUAAGUUUUAAAUGUUAAAUUUAAAUCUAUAUUACAAUAAAGUAAUGCAAAAAUGAUUUUGGCUGAAACUGAAGUCCUGCAGUUAAACUUACUCAAAUGUGGUUUACCCAGCUGGAGUAAUAGAAACUCUUAAGUCAUAAUAAACCUAAUAAAAAAAUAAAUAAAUACAAC